AUGGAUGCAAUUUAUGACACUAUUGAAAAUGAUUACAAAAUAGGAUUAUUUGAAAGUGCAACUGGAACAGGUAAAACAUUAUCAAUAAUUUGUUCUACAAUGACUUGGUUAAGGAAUUUCAAAAAGAAAAACACGUUUGAAGAAUCAAAAAACGCGUCUGAAGAAGAUGAAGAAGAAGAGGAUGAUGAUGAGCCAGAUUGGGUUCAAGAUGAAUAUCAAAAAUCAAUUGUCAACAAGACCAAAGAUAAAUUGAGAGAGUUUGAAGUACAUCUAGAUGAAGUAGAAAAGGAGUAUAAAUCCAGAAAGAGACAGGAGUUAAAAAUCAAAGACAAAAUAAAAAGAAGAAAGCAAACAUCACUAGAGAAAGAUAAUGAUGAUGAUUCGCAAUUUUUACCCAACGAUUUUAAUGAAAACUCCACCGCAGAAUUGAAAAAUUUCCAAAUCAAUCAAGAAAUCAAUAAGUUGAUGAAAAUAGCUGAACAAAACAUACCUAUAGAUGAAAUUACCAAUUGCCCUACGAAAAUAUAUUUUUCAUCAAGAACUCAUACACAACUAAAUCAAUUUUCAAGUCAACUAAGAUUAACUACUUUUGAUGCAUCAUUUGACGAAAUGAAAGUAAGGACCAAAUAUUUACCAUUAGGAUCAAGAAAACAACUAUGUAUAAAUGAAAAAAUCAAUAAACAAAUUAAUAAAAGUGGAGAUCAAAUGAUAAAUGAUGCAUGUAUUGAUUUACAAAAAUCCAAAGAUGGUUGUUCAUAUUUAUCAAAAAAUGAUUCUUCUCUAGCGAAGGAGUUUUCUGAUUUAAGUUUGGCUAAAAUUAGGGAUAUUGAAGAAUUAGCGGAUUUAGGUUCAGAUUUAAAGAUAUGUCCAUAUUAUUCAGCACGAGAAAGUGUUGAUGCAACGGAAAUUAUAUCAUUACCUUAUCAAUUGUUAUUUCAAAAAAGUACCCGAAAUAUUUGGAAUUUGAACAUCAAAGAUUCAAUUGUUAUAAUCGAUGAGGCACAUAAUAUUAUCGACACCAUCACUUCAUUAUAUUCUGUGAAAAUAACGUCCAAACAAUUAGAUCAUGUUAUUAAAUCAUUAAAUUUUUAUCUCAAAAAGUUUGUGAAGAGAUUAAAUAGUAAUAAUAGAAUUCAAAUCAUGAAACUAGUCAAAAUUUGUAAAAUACUUAUUAAUUUCAUUAAUCAAAAUUCAAAUCUAAAUUUGGGAGAAGAAGUGAAAGUAGAUGAAAUUUUUACAGAUUCCACUGGUGAUCUAGUUAAUAUUCAUAAAUUAGAUGAUUUUUUAACUAAAACUAAAUUAGCAUAUAAAAUAGAAUCAUACAUGUCAAAAAUUGAUGAAUCAUAUAAAAAUUCAUCAAGUCCUUUAUUAUUUGAAAUUAUAAAAUUCUUAAAGUGCUUCACAAAUCCAAGUAAAGAGGGAAAGUUCUUUUGGGAUAAAUCAAAUAAUGAAGUUUCAUUAAAUUACAUGUUAUUAGAUCCAAGUUUUAUUUUCAAAGAAAUCGUUGAUCAAGCUAAAUGUGUUUUACUUUGCGGUGGUACUAUGGAACCAAUGAGUGAAUUUAUAGACUAUUUAUUUCCUUUUGUUCCUGAAAGUAAAAUUAAUAAAUUUUCAUGUGGUCAUAUAAUUCCUGAUGAAAAUUUAAAAGUAUUUGCAAUUGAUAGAUUCAACGGUGAAGAAUUUGAAUUUCUGUUUAAUAGAAGAAGUGAUCUAAUGCAAUUGGAAAACCUUGGAAAUUUUAUUUUGGAAGUUUGUAAAAAUGUACCAUACGGAGUUGUUGUAUUUUUUAGUAGUUACAAAUUCUUGGAGCAAGUUUUAGAAUGUUGGCAAAAAACAGCGAUAUAUUCACAAAUUGCAAAUGAAAAGCAAAUUUUCCAAGAACCAUCAAAUUCUUCCAAAAUUGAUCAUGUCCUAAAUGAUUAUUCCAAUGUAAUAAACAUUCAACGAAAAGGUGCAAUAUUAUUUUCAGUAGUUGGUGGGAAAUUAUCAGAAGGUAUUAAUUUUUCAAAUGAUUUGGCAAGAGCUGUUCUUAUGAUUGGUUUACCAUAUCCAAAUGCAUUUAGUGGAGAAAUAAUAUCUAAGCGUAAAUAUAUAGAAUCUCAAGUUUUAGUCAACGGUGGCACUUUAGAAUCAGCAAAACAAAAAUCUUCAGAUUAUUAUGAAAAUUUAUGUAUGAAAGCUGUUAAUCAAAGUAUUGGUAGAAGUAUUAGACAUGCAAAUGAUUACUCAUUAAUAUACCUCGUUGAUAAAAGAUUUAAAUUUUCCAAAAUUCAAAAUAAAUUAAGUAAAUGGGUUAAAGAUAGAUUAAUUAAUGCUUCUGCUAAUAUAAUGGAAGAAUCAAGGGAAUUCUUUGAAUUCAAAAAUUUUGGCCAACAUAUGCAUGCAUCUGACAAUGAACAAAAACUAACUGGUAGACACGAAUCUGCUUUUGGUGAUACUUUUUCAUCAGGUGUUGCUAAUGGAGGUGCUUCAGUUAAAAUUCCAAGACAAGUUGCAAAAGAAAGGUAUGGUAAUUUCGAAGAUGGAAGACUAGCUUCAAAUACUGAUCUGUAUUUAGUUACUGGUAUUUUGGUUGAAACAAUUUGUGGUUCGAACUUAGUUCUGAUAUGGCUAAAGACUUUGCAAGAGAAACUUCAAAUGAAAAAAGUUUGA